GUCACGCACCCUCCAGGAAGUCGGCGCGGGCCAGGCGGCGGGUGGAAGCCGGUACUGAGAGGAGCUGCAGCGUUGCCGCCUGGGUCGUGCCGCCGCGGUGGGCGCUGCGCUCUGAGCGCAGUGCAGGCCCCGUAGCGACCGCCCGCCCGCCCUCUGUCCGCGAUGGAGGUGCCGGCCGCGAGUCGCGUUCCCGUCGAGGGCGCCCCGACGGCGGCUGUGGCCGAAGUGCGCUGCCCGGGGCCCACGCCGCUGCGCCUGCUGGAGUGGAGGGUGGCAGCGGGCGCGGCCGUGCGCAUCGGCUCGGUGCUGGCCGUUUUCGAGGCCGCCGCCUCCGCGCAGCCCGCCGGGGCCUCUCAGUCCCGUGCAGCCUCCGGGGGCUGCGUGCGCCCCGCGCGGCCGGAACGCAGGCUGAGGUCGGAGCGCGCGGGUGUGGUGCGGGAGCUGUGCGCGCAGCCGGGCGAGAUGGUCGCCCCAGGAGCGGUUCUGGUGAGGUUAGAAGGAUGCAGCCACCCGGUUGUCAUGAAAGGCCUGUGUGCUGAAUGUGGCCAAGACCUCACCCAGUUGCAGAGUAAGAACGGGAAGCAGCAGGUGCCGCUGUCCACGGCGACCGUGUCCAUGGUGCACAGCGUGCCGGAGUUGAUGGUGAGCUCUGAGCAAGCUGAACAGCUGGGAAGAGAAGACCAGCAGCGACUGCAUCGAAACCGGAAGCUGGUGCUCAUGGUCGACUUGGACCAGACGUUGAUUCACACGACCGAGCAGCACUGUCAGCAGAUGUCGAAUAAAGGCAUCUUUCACUUCCAGCUGGGCCGGGGCGAGCCCAUGCUGCACACACGCCUGCGUCCGCACUGCAAGGACUUCCUGGAGAAGAUCGCCAAGCUGUACGAGCUGCACGUCUUCACCUUCGGCAGCCGGCUGUACGCACACACCAUCGCAGGCUUUUUAGACCCCGAGAAGAAGCUUUUUUCUCAUCGAAUAUUAUCAAGGGAUGAAUGCAUUGACCCAUUUUCUAAAACGGGAAACCUUAGAAAUCUCUUUCCUUGUGGAGACUCAAUGGUUUGCAUUAUUGAUGAUCGAGAAGAUGUCUGGAAGUUUGCCCCCAAUCUGAUAACUGUGAAGAAAUAUGUAUACUUCCAAGGUACGGGUGAUAUGAAUGCGCCCCCUGGGUCACGAGAAUCUCAGACGAGAAAGAAAGAUUUGGGAUGUUCAGCUGGUAGGUAUAACGCAGAUACUCCAAACUCAGAAAAAAAUUCAAUAUCCAAAACAUCCCUGGUCCCACGCACUUCGGUAAAUCAUUCUUCUCGAGGCACUGAGGUCUCAGAGCAAGCUCCGCCCGUGAGAGACCCCGAGGGGGGAACGCAGGCCCCUGGAGAGGAGCCCAGCAAUGGCCUGGAGAAGCCUGCACGGGAGCUGAACGGCAGUGAGGCCGCCGCCCCGCGGGACCCACCCCGCCCCGGGAAGCCGGACGAGAGGGACACCUGGCCCCCUGCCCAGGCCCCCACCAGCAGCCGAGAGCUGGCAAGCGCUCCUGAGCCCCAGGGAUCCUGUGUGCAGGGUGGCCAGGUGGCACCGGGACAGCGGCCUGCCCAGGGUGCCACGGGCACUGACCUGGACUUCGACUUAUCCAGCGACAGUGAGAGCAGCAGUGAGUCUGAGGGCACAAAGUCCUCCUCCUCCGCCUCUGAUGGUGAAAGCGAGGGGAGGAGAGGCCGGCAGAAGCUGAAGGCCACCCCAGAGGGAGCCGGGGCGCUGGCACAGGGCAGUUCCCUGGAGCCGGGGCAGCCUGCAGCACCGAGUCUCCCCGGAGAGGCCGAGCCUGGCGCGCAUGCCUCGGACAAGGGACCCGAGCUGGGUGGGCAGGAGGAGGGCGAGCGGGAUGGCCUCUGCGGCCUGGGCAACGGCUGUGCCGACAGGAAGGAGGCAGAGACUGAGUCACAGAACAGCGAGCUGUCGGGGGUCACCGCAGGCGAGUCCCUGGACCAGAGCGUGGAGGAGGAGGAGGAGGAGGACACGGACGAGGAUGACCACCUCAUCUACCUGGAGGAGAUCCUGGUCCGUGUGCACACCGACUACUACGCCAAGUACGACCGCUACCUCAGCAAGGAGAUCGAGGAGGCGCCGGACAUCCGCAAGAUCGUACCGGAGCUCAAGAGCAAGGUGCUGGCAGACGUGGCCAUAAUUUUCAGUGGGCUACACCCGACAAACUUCCCAAUAGAGAAGACGCGGGAGCAUUACCACGCCACGGCGCUGGGAGCGAAGAUCCUCACUCGGCUGGUGCUGAGCCCCGACGCCCCUGACAGGGCCACGCACCUGAUCGCCGCGCGGGCUGGCACAGAGAAGGUGCUGCAGGCGCAGGAGUGCGGACACCUGCACGUGGUCAACCCUGACUGGCUGUGGAGCUGCCUGGAGCGCUGGGACAAGGUGGAGGAGCAGCUCUUCCCACUCAGGGACGAUCACACCAAGGCACAGAGGGAGAACAGCCCCACGGCCUUUCCCGACCGGGAGGGUGUGCCCCUCACCACCUUGUUCCACCCGAUGCCGGUUUUUCCCAAGGCCCAGCCUGGCCCCGAGGUUCGGAUCUACGACUCCAACACAGGGAAGCUCAUCAGGACGGGUGCCCGGGGGCCCCCAGCGCCCCCCAGCUCCCUACCCAUCCGCCAGGAGCCCUCUUCCUUCAGAGCGGUUCCGCCACCCCAGCCGCAGAUGUUUGGCGAAGAGCUGCCUGACGCUCAGGACGGAGAGCAGCCUGGCCCUUCUAGAAGAAAGCGACAGCCCAGUAUGUCUGAGACAAUGCCGCUGUACACUCUUUGUAAGGAGGAUUUAGAGAGUAUGGACAAAGAGGUGGACGACAUCCUCGGAGAAGGCAGCGACGACAGCGACAGCGAGAAGAGGAGGCCUGAGGAGCAGGAGGAGGAGCCCCAGCCCCGGAAGCCAGGGACCCGCAGGGAGCAGACGCUCAGGGCACCGGCGUCCAGCGAGAGGAGCGCAGCAGGUGGCCGGGGGCCCAGAGGCCACAAGAGGAAGCUGAACGAAGAGGACGCCGCCAGUGAGUCCAGCAGGGAGUCCAGCAACGAGGACGAGGGCAGCAGCUCCGAGGCCGACGAGAUGGCCAAGGCGCUGGAGGCGGAGCUCAACGACCUCAUGUGAGCGUGGGCGGCGGGCGGGGGCUGAAGCCUGGCCGGCCUCCAGCAGAACUCGGACGUCCCCGGACCAGCCCUCAGUCUCGGUCCACGCUGCUUUCUCCCCAAAGGACAUGUAUAUUUGCAGAGCUCCACAUACAGAAACACAUUAUUUUGCAGAAAUAGGUGUUUUUAAGAAGUUUUACUACAGGAAUGUCUACUUUUGUAAGUGACAGGUGUUAAAGGCCCCAGUGUGCUGUGCCAAAGGGCUCAGCAGAGGCUCGCCUGGCCCAGGCUGGUGCGCCCGCUGUCUCCCCUCAUGUACCAGAGCACAUUCUUUAGGGGACGGCUUUGGGGGUCCCACGAGACGUGGACUAGGAGUUUAAGCAGGACAGCGUGCGUGCGCGCAGCACAGACACGCCUGGAACCCCCGCCGCCUGCUGCUCCCUCCUAGGGAACCCGUUUCCGGGGAACGCCGUGACUCUCGGGCAGCCUGGAGCUUCCUGCAGCCUCCUACGCAGGGUCCACGCCACGUGGCCUGGGCUGCCAUCCUGCCUCCUCCCACUGGCAUCCUGGCAAGGGGGCGUUGCUUUUCCUGGGCGGCCUUUUAUGUCUUGGAGACACCUGAUGUAAAGUUUCUGUAAAUCUAUUUCAUAUCUGACCCACCAAAAAGAUUUCUCUUUAAUAAAAAUCCUUUUUGUAA